AUGCCCGGAGUCACGAAAGAAGAGCCACAGCUCGACCUAGCCAUCAUCGGCGGUGGGAUCACCGGUUUAUCCCUAGCAGCUGGCCUCCUGAGCAGGAACAUCCACGUUACGAUCUACGAGCGCGCGCGUCAGUUUCGCGAAAUCGGAGCCGGAAUUGGAUUCACGCCCAACGCAGAGCGCUCCAUGAUAGCGCUGGAUCCUCGCGUUCAUGCCGCGUUCAAAAACGUAGCAACGCCCAACGAGACGGACCUCUUCCGUUGGGUUGACGGGUACACACACUACAGUGACGAGAGAUACGAGGAACUGCUCUUCGAGACGGAUCUGGGUAAGCGGGGUUUCGAGGGGUGCCAUCGGGCUCAGUUUCUGGAUGAGCUCGUCAAGCUUAUUCCGGAGAAGAACGUCCGCUUGGGAAAGACUUUGCGGCGGGUUACUGAGAAAGUAGAUGGGGAGAAGUUGCUGCUGGAGUUCGAAGACGGAUCUACCGCAGAGGCUGAUGCCGUCAUCGGGUGUGAUGGAAUCCGCUCGCGCGUACGCCAGCUCAUCCUAGGCGAGGACAACCCAGCAUCCUACCCACGGUACAGCCAUAAGAGUGCCUUUCGAGGCCUUGUUCCAAUGGACCGGGCAGUCGAUGCAAUGGGGAGAGAGAAAGCACUCACGCGCCAUAUGCAUCUUGGCCAGGAUGCCCACGUUCUAACCUUCCCCGUGGCCAUGGGCAAGCUUCUAAACGUUGUUGCGUUUGUCACCGACCCGGGAGAAUGGCCACAUGAGGAGAAGCUGUCCGCUCCUGCCAGCAAAGAAGAGGCCGUGCAAGCCUUCUCUGGAUUCGGACACGUCGUACGCGCAGUCAUGGACCUGCUCCCAGAUACACUGGACAGAUGGGCUGUUUUCGACACAUACGACCACCCAGCAUCCACAUAUGUGCGGGGCCGCAUGUGUAUCGCCGGUGACGCUGCCCACGCAUCAUCACCGCACCAUGGCGCCGGCGCGGGCACUGGGAUUGAAGAUGCAGCUGUCCUGGCAGCUGUAUUGGCUGCUGCAUCAGAGACGGCGUCCAGCUUGGCGAAGACCAAGGCCGAAGCCCUACGUGCCGCGUUGGCGACGUACGAUGCUAUCCGUCUCGAGCGCAGUCAAUGGGUUGUCCAGAGCAGUCGGAUUCUGGGUGAGCUCUACGAGUGGCAGUAUGAGCCUACUGGUCGUGAUGCUGCCAAAUGCGGUGCUGAAGUCUAUUGGCGUUCUCACCAGAUCUGGGACUAUGAUGUGGAUGACAUGUUGCGUCGGACGGCUGAAGACUAUAGACGUAGACUGGAAUAG